ACUUCAGUAGUUUUGUCAUUCGGACAAACACUUGUGGAGAGCUACGUUCUGCUCAUGUGGGGCAAGAGGUCACACUGUGUGGAUGGAUUCAGUAUCAAAGACAAGGUCUAUUUCUGGUUUUGAGGGAUUUCCAGGGACUGAUCCAGGUCAUCAUUCCACAAGAUGAGGCACAUUCCCAUGUGAACAAUCUCUUGUCUAAUGCCCCAGUGGAGUCUGUUGUUCGAGUGACUGGAAUUGUGUCACUUCGACCCCCAGGGCAGGAGAAUCCGAAAAUGCCAACAGGGGAUAUUGAAGUGAAGGCAGAGACUGCAGAGAUCCUGAACUCCUGCAAGAAGCUACCUUUUGAAAUCAAGCAUUUCAUCAAGAAAUCAGAGGCCUUACGGAUGCAGUAUCGCUACUUGGACUUGCGUAGCUUCCAGUUACAGUAUAACCUGAGGCUGAGAUCACGUGUUGUGAUGAAAAUGCGGGAAUAUCUAUGUAACCUCCAUGGGUUUGUGGAUGUAGAAACUCCAACACUCUUUAAAAGAACUCCAGGGGGAGCAAAAGAAUUCCUUGUACCCUCGAGGGAAGCGGGCAAGUUCUACUCUCUGCCACAGAGUCCUCAGCAGUUCAAGCAGCUUCUCAUGGUUGGAGGUCUGGACAGGUACUUUCAGGUUGCUCGCUGCUAUCGAGAUGAAGGUUCACGACCUGACAGGCAGCCUGAAUUCACUCAGAUAGAUAUAGAGAUGUCAUUUGUAGAUCAAGCUGGGAUCCAAAGACUGGUAGAGGGCCUCCUGCAAUAUUCCUGGCCUGAAGAAAGAGGUUCCAUUACAACUCCUUUCCCUUCCAUGACGUAUGAGGAGGCACUGGCUGACUAUGGGACUGAUAAACCAGACACUCGUUUUGGGAUGAAGAUAGUGGAUAUUAGUGAUUUUUUACGAAGAUUGGACAUUCAAUUUGUACAGAAUGCACUCAGUUACCCACAUGGCACUGUCAAAGCCAUUUGUAUUCCUCAGGGAGUGAGAUACCUUAAAAAAAAAAAUUUGGAGUCACUAAAAGAGUCUGCAAAAUCCCAAUUUAACCAGGAAAUCGUGGAAAUUAUCUGCAGGCCUGAUGGAAGCUUGAAGUCUCCGCUUACAAGGUUUCUUGGUGAGAAGCAGCAGAUAGAGCUUGUCCAAGCACUGAACAUGCAGGUGGAUGAUGUGGUACUGCUGGCUGCUGGUGAACAAAAGCAAGUGUGCUCUGCAUUAGGAAGACUACGGUUGGAGACUGCUGACCUCCUUGAGGCGGAUGGGCUGGUACUCCGUGAUCCUGCAGCUUUGCACUUUCUGUGGGUGGUGGAUUUCCCCCUUUUCCUCCCAAAAGAAGAGAAUCCCACUGAACUGGAAUCUGCUCAUCAUCCUUUCACUGCCCCUCAUCCUUCAGAUACCAGCCUCCUCUAUUCUGAUCCCACAAAGGUCCGUAGCCAGCACUAUGACCUUGUGUUGAAUGGCAAUGAAAUCGGAGGUGGCUCCAUCAGAAUUCAUAGUGCAGAACAACAGCGUUUUGUGCUGGAGAAAGUGCUGAAGGAGGAUUCUGAGGUGCUUUCCCAUCUACUUGAGGCUUUGGAGUUUGGAGCUCCACCUCAUGGAGGAAUCGCUUUAGGACUUGACAGGCUGAUCUCUCUCAUCGUUGAUGCUCCAAGUAUCCGAGAUGUCAUUGCUUUUCCUAAAUCCUUCAGGGGACGAGACUUGAUGGGCAAUGCUCCAGACUAUGUCACUCCAGAAGAGCUAGAGCCAUAUCACAUCCAGGUUUCCUGGCCUCUAGAGGAAAAAGAGGCAAAGACUUAA